CAAGGAGGGGGUGGCGGCAAAAGGGGAAAGGAGGAAGGUAACACGCAUUUCUGCUACUCCAUUUUUGUUGAAGAUGGAUAGCGCCUAGCCCCUCCUGCAACUCCGAUCAUUCAUCGGUGCAUCGGUCCCUCCGCUCCACCUCGGCGAUUGACCAGGGCCAGGUUACGGACACUUCUCUUCUGUAAGAGGAUCAAUAUGUGCAAUUAUCCCCGCGGUCACGUCGAAGACACGGAGGAUGAUUAUGAUACUGAUGAUCUCGCUGAUGACAUGGGCGAAAUGAACCAUGAGCGAGAAAUGAUGGUCACUGAUUCCGAAGAUGGAGAGUACAAACAGUCGAAUGAUAAGAUCCCGGAUACUUCAGCAGUGGAGGCAACAAAAGGAAAAGACAUUCAAGAAAUACCAUGGGAGAGGUUCACACGCGAAAAAUACAGACAGGUCAGAAUAGAUCUGUACAAAAACUAUGAGAACAUUCCUACUUCUGGAGAAGCAGCAGCCAAGGAAUGCAGACAGACUGAGAAAGGCGGAAUGUAUUAUGAAUUCAGAAAAAAUAAUAAAUCAGUAAAAUCAACUAUCCUACAUUUUCAGCUCAGAAAUUUAGUGUGGGCUACAUCCAAGCAUGAUGUGUACCUCCUUUCACAUUACUCAAUCCGUCACUGGUCAGCAUUACGUGGUGUGGAUACUGAAGUUAUUAACGUCCAAGGUCAUGUGGUACCAAGCGAGAAUCACCCGGGAAGUCUGCUAGAGGGGGUUUCUCAGGUUCAAGUUAGUGCCCUGGCGGUCAAGGACAAUUUGCUGGUAGCUGGUGGAUUUCAAGGGGAGCUAAUAUGCAAGCACCUUGAUCGAGAAGGAAUAAGCUUUUGCUGUCGAACAACAUUGGACAAUGAUGCUAUUACCAAUGCAGUUGAUAUAUUCGAUACUUCUAGUGGUGCUGUUCAUAUGAUGGUAUCGAGUAAUGACUCCAGUGUAAGAGACUAUGACAUGGAGACAUUCCAGCUAUGCAAGCACGUCCAGUUUGACUGGCCCGUGAAUCAUACAUCACUGAGUCCAGAUGGGAAGCUUGUUCUUGUUGUGGGGGACAAUCCUGAUGGUUUACUUAUUGAUGCCAAUUCAGGAAAGACACUUCAUUCCAUGAAAGGCCAUCACGACUACUCAUUUACGUCAUCCUGGAGCCCUGAUGGUAGAACAUUUGCUACUGGCAACCAAGACAAGACAUGCCGAAUUUGGGAUGUGAGAAACCUAUCGGAAGCUGUCCACGUACUGAAGGGUAAUAUUGGAGCUAUUAGAUCAACCCGCUUUACAUCAGACGGGCGGUUCCUGUCAAUGGCAGAAGCAGCGGACUUCGUCCACAUCUUCGACGUCCAGAGCAACUACAACAAAAGGCAAGAGCUGGACUUAUUUGGUGAGAUAUCUGGGAUGUCUUUCAGCCCAGACACGGACGCGCUUUAUGUCGGCGUGUGGGAUAGAACAUAUGCUAGCCUCCUCCAGUUUAGCCGUCUGUAUAACAACUAGUUGUAUGGGGAAUACGUAGGGUAACAUGAUGGUACUUUGUGGGCAUGGUUGUAGUUGCUUUUGCCCGGUUUUUGGUACCGGGAAAUUCUCACUUUCCUCUAAUUACUGAAAAUGCAACUCACUUAAGUUGUUUAAAAUAAACUGGGAAUGCCCUCGGUAUAUCUGCUUUUCGUGCACUAUUGAGAGCUGUUCGCCCACAUGUAUUUCCAGAACAUGUCUUGUUGUAUUCUUGUGUAUUCUCUUAUGUUAGCAAGAGUAAACAUAUUCAGGGAAAAGAUCAUUAUAUACAUGAUGUUAUUAAUAGACUUAAAUUUUGAACACA